ACAGACCCAAGCGCUGCAGAGGCCGCACUGGCAGCCCAAGCUGCUGCCUUUCAGCAGUUCACUAUCGAGGCCUUCACGCUCCUCGCCGUCGGCGCCUGCGUCACUGUCAUCCGAACCGCCGCCCGCAUCAACGUCGUGGGGAUCAAAGGACUUCAAUGGGAUGACGUCCUGGUUUGGGUCGGCACGAUAUUUCAAGCCGCAGAGACCGCUCUCGCCUACAAUGUUGGCCAUGCCGCCCAGGGACUCGCCAACAACGGCAUGACGGACGAACAGCGGGCAGCCCUCAGCCCUGACAGCGCCGAGUUCCACACCAGAGUCAAAGGAUGCAAAAUCCAGUUAGCUGGCUGGACAACGUACUCGGUCCUGCUCUGGUCCCUGAAGACUUCGCUACUCUUCUUUUACCGCCGCCUGACUGCUGGCGUUGGGAAGAGCUAUCAGAUCCGUAUCAACAUCGGCUUUGGCUUGCUUGCCGUCAGCUUCAUCACCGUCAUCACCAACCUCUAUCUGGCGUGCCGGCCUUUCCACAAAUACUGGCAGAUCAAUCCGGACCCCGGAAAUGUCUGCCAACCUGCCGUGUCGAACCAGAUAGUAUGGGUCUUCCUCACCUUCAAUGUCGUCACCGACUUGUAUCUGCUUUCGAUCCCCCUACCCAUGCUCUGGCAGGCGUCGCUGAAGCCCCUUAAGAAGGCGGCGUUGAUGUUGGUUUUCAGCGGCGGUGUCUUGGUCAUCGCAUGCGCCAUCUUGCGCUGCGUCAUGAUCUUCACGGACCCCGUCAACGGCGCGCAACUCGCCGGUUCCUGGGCCGUCCGCGAAACCUUCAUCGCCGUCGUUGUGGCCAACCUGCCCAUUCUCUUCCAGGUCUUCAGGAUCUGGCUGAGCCCGCUUAUCGCCGCGCUCCGCAGCACGAUCCGCUCGUCACAGAAGCUCACCGGCGACGAGCCCAGUCGCGAACUCCGCACGUUCGGCGCUGGAAGCUCGAGGGCCCGCCGCGGCCCGCAAACCGUCUACCACAUCACCAACGCCACGGCCACGUUCAACGAGAGCGAGGAGCGGAUGGUGGACCAGCGG